AUGAGAACCGCCGACUAUAUCACCUACUUCCUUGCCUGUGCCGGAACAGUCGCAGGUCAAGCUCUUGGCAAGCCAUCUCUGAACUACCUUGGCCUUGUGAACGUGACACUCGGAUCAGCCUUGGACGCUGGAGAUGUUGGGCUCGGCCAGCAAGUAACGAUUCCGAUAACUGGGGGCACUGUCAGCGGACCAAGUGUUACUGGAAAGGUCCUAUCGUUUGGCGCCGACUACGGGUCAUAUGAUGCCCAGGGGUUCUACCAUCCUGACGCACGCUUAAAUGUACAAACUGACGACGGCGCAUUGAUUUACCUGCAACUUUUUGGGACACAGCUGGAAAAUGACGACGGCCAAGCAGGUGGCCACCGGGGCAUCGUGAGGGUCAAGUACGAAACGGGGCAUGCCAAUUACACGUGGCUGAAUUUUGUCGCUGCUACGGCCAUCUACGAGCUACCUGCUGCCGGUCAAGUUACAUAUCUGGUUGCUGAUAUUUGGGAGGUAUUUGCAAUUGACAUCGACUCUGUUAACGAUGGGGCCAAGCAUUGCUAA